AGAUGUCUCAGCGCGUUCCCAGAGACGCUCAGGAAGGGCGAGUGCGCCGAGUCAGCAGCCCAGGUCCUGCCUAGCUGCGGCCAGAGAGCAGAGUGAACGGGAAGAAAGGACGCGCCCCAGAAUGUGAAACUCCCACCGGGAAAGACUGACUGGGCUCGCCCUGGGGCGGCGGAUCUGACAGCCACUGCCACUUGAGCGGACCCUGCUGCCAGCCCCAGGUUGUUCCCACAGUGCGCGAGAGUCAGGGGUUGUUGGGCGAGAUCAGCAACAACGAUUCCUGCAUCUCUCCUAGCCAGCGACAAGGGACAUCGCGACUAAGCUUCAGGCACCCCGAGACGCCCCUCUAGACAGCCCGCGCGGCGCCGCGCCGCAGUGGCCCUGGAAGUCCCUGCAGGACGCUCUCUUAACUGCCAUCCAGCAAGCCUGCGUGGGAGACACCUGGAAGGGCUGGAGUGAACAGUCUGAGACCACGGAAAAGAGAGCAGACGUCCUGGCCCAGGCCCUUCCCCACGCAGGGUGCCCGGGGUCUCCUGGCCUACGGGCCAUGGCGGACAGUGGCAGCUCCAGCCCCUGGUGGAAGUCGCUGACCAGGAAGAAAAGCAAGGAAGUCACGGUGGGGGCGCAGCCUCAGGUUCAGGUUCGGCCAGAGAUUGGCCAGGACCCCUCACCACCUUCCUCAGAUCGGACUAGCAGCUCGCAAGAAAAUCAGCACUCCAAUGUCCUUGGGGACACCGGCGAGCCCUUCAGGUCAGAUAAGUUGUGUGAGGAGAAAUCAGGCAACAGCCGGCGCAAUUUGAAGAUUUCACGCUCUGGCAGAUUUAAGGAGAAGAGGAAAAUGCGUGCCACACUGCUCCCUGAAGGAGACAGGUCCCCUGAGGAGGCUGACUUUCCAGAUGACUCCCAGGAGGACAAGGAGUAGCUGAACAAGCUUCCAGGAUUG